AUAUAUAUUAUAUAUGAUAUAUAUAGUAAUAUAAAUAUUAAUGUAAUAUUUAUAUGUAUAAUAAAAUUGCGAUAUAAUAUUUAUAAAUAAUCAUUUCAAGUUUAUCAUUGAUAUUGGUCGGAAGUAAGAUAAAACCACAUCCUCGUAUUUAAAAAGGAAAUUGUAGAUUUUUUCGUGGCGAUAAAUGUAUAGAGUAGAUAUUAUGUGCCAGUGUGCAUAAAAACAUAUUGUGCGAUAGUAUUAUAAUUUUUAGAUUUUUAUUAAUUUUAAUUUUUAUUUUUUAAAAUGAAUGACAAAUUUGCGGUAAAACAUACGAACUCAAUAAGUUUAAAAAAACAAAAAUUGUUAUUGAAGGAAAGUGAAUCAAAUAAUUGUUUCUCGUAUUCACCGUAUAAAUUAACUAUAUUCUGUAUUGUAUCAUGCUGUAUAUUUUUUAUUUAUUGGUUCGUAUUGACGCCCCUUUUAAUUAAUACUUUAGUCAAUUAUCAUUCAAACAAGAUUGAAAUUUGGUUGGUUUUAUAUUGGCUCAUUGCAUUUCUAAUUUGGCUUUUCAUUAUGUUGUGUUUGAUUAUUAUUUGGAAAUGUGUUGAAAUUAAAAGCAAUAAUAAAAUAAAAUUGCAAUCUUAUGGUACGAACAGUACUCUGAAAUCCGGAUCUUUAAUCAAUACUAAAUUUGAUUAUUCGCAAAAUGCGAAACUGAAAGAUAAACCAUUGAAUGAUUUAAUUAUUGAUAAGAAUAAAAUUUCACAUGAUAAAUUAAAUAUUAAUAAUUCCGAUGAAUAUCAAUAUAACAAACUUAAAAGAUAUAGAGAUCUUCCGCCUUUAGUGAUUCAUCGUCGUAAUUCGGGCAAUGAUAUCGAACAUACUGGAAUUGUGAAUGUGAAAAAGAAUAUUAACGAAAGUAUAAAUGAGAAUAACGAAGAUGAAUAUCUAUUAAAGUCUGGAAACAAUUAUCUGAAGAACCAAAAAGAAUCGAUAAAAGAUUAUUUAAAAUUGGUAACAGUUACUCCACAAGAUGAAUCGGAUACAAAAACACCAAAAGAAUCUCUUUCACCAAGAGAAUUGUUUUUUAUUGAUCUUAUAAGAGAAGCUGAGAAAGCUGAACGAAAUAGAGAAAAUAAUCCUCAAGAAACUGAGAAGAAACAUUUUUUCUCUGAUGACUUUUCUCCAACUGAAAAAGAUGUAAAUAAAAAUUUAAAAGAAGAGAAAAAAUUAAUAGAGAAUUUAACAGAUCACAAAACAUAUUUUAUUGCGGAUAUAAAAAGUCCAAAAAGUGAAAAAACUGAAGUAUUUUUAAAAAUCGAGUCGAAUUAUGAAUCAGCUAAAAAAUGGUCCAUGAAUUUAAACGAUAGAAAACCAGUUCUUGUAUUAGGAAAUACUUCUAAAGAUGAAGAAAAUGAAAAUUUAAAAGAUAAAAUUAUUCUAUUCGAAAUAUAAUUAAAUAUUUUCUAGUUUAAUAAAGAUUUAAAUUAUUAUUUUAUUAUUUUAUUAUUAGAUUAUUAUUUUAUUAUAUUAAUUUCAAAAUAUAUUAUUACAAGUAUAUUAAUUAAAUUUAUAAAAUAAUAAUAAAUAAGAAUUGAAAAAUAAAAAAAAAUAAAUUUUUGAUAGAGAUUAUUUUAAAAUAGAGCAGUGGAAUGAAAAAUUUGAUAAAAUAUAUUAUUUCACUGAUAUAUGAUAAUGCUUUAC